AUGGCUGACCUCGAUGUCAACGAAGACGUAAAGCGAAAUGCUUUCACAGUCAAGAAUUACCGAGAUAAUUAUCCUGCCAUUGACCCUACUCGAGCAGAGCUUGCUCAAACCGGAAAGGUGGUCGUGAUCACUGGCGGAAGUCGUGGUCUAGGACGCUUGGCAUUUGCAGCCUCAUUUGCUCGAGCUGGAGCAGCAGUCAUUGCACUCAUAGGCCGCUCUGCGAGUGGCCUGGAGGAAACAGAGAAGUUGAUCAAGAAAAUUAAUACCAGCACCAAAGUCCUUCGCUUUGCACUCGAUAUCACGGACCAGACUGCCGUGGAAAUCGCGUUCAAGGAAAUCACUACACAGGCCGGUGCUCCACAAGUUCUGAUUAAUAACGCGGGCAAUCUCUCUCCGCUUGAGAGCACCUUUGACUCCACGCUGGAUUCAUGGUGGGAAUGUCAGGAAAUCAACAUCAAAGGAACCUACAACGUCACCAAAGCCUUCCUAAAAGAAACAGGAGCUACGCCGGCGAGACCAACCACGAUAAUUACAAUCACAUCUCUCGCUGCCCAUGGAACUGCACCCGGUAUGGGAGGAUACUCCCUCGCAAAGCUAGCCUUAACAAAACUCACGGCCUACAUUGCCUCCGAACAUCCGACCAUUACAUCGGUCAGUCUCGAUCCGGGUAUCGUGCCAACGGAUAUGGGUUGUAGCGUGCCAUUCCUUGCACCAUUUAUGCUCGAUUCUCCUGAGUUGGUGGGAGGUGCUGCUGUGUGGUUGUCGAGUGGCGAUAAGAACUUCCUUUCGGGGCGGUAUGUCUCUUCUAAUUGGGAUGUUGAGGAGAUUGAGAAGCGGAAGGGGGAGAUUGUGGAUGAGGAUCAAUUAAAAUUCAAGAUCAAGGCUAAUUUUGCGGCGAAUGCGACCGUUGAGAUAUCAAAGUGA